CUUCAAUCUCCAGAAUUUUUUUUUGCACAAGGGAAGGGGGGCAAUAAGCGCACGGCGGCGCCAUCCGUCAUUAUCAUUGCUUCAAAGGCAAAUAACUCGGUGGGGGACGCAAGCAGCGGGACCACUUCGACAAAAGACACGACUCGGUAUUGUGGAAUCUUCAAUAAAUCAAUAUUUUUAGUCAGUGUCAGUCUCAGAAGUCGGAGUCCUCUGUAUAGAAGUACAAGUAGAAAAAAUAGCUGUUAACGAAAAGAUAAAGAAGUACGUAGACAAAAGCAAAAGGAGCGGUCCCGCAGAAGUGAAGUGAAAGAAACUGUGUACUUAUCUUCAGUAAAAUUUUUGUCAACUAGUAAAAUGGAGCGUCGGCGGGGCUCUGACCUGCACCAGCCGGACGUGUAUCCGACGAAAAAGCGUUAACGUUAACGGUUUUCAUAGAUUGCAGGUAUACAUGACAAAUGUUGCCUAUUAUGCAUGCUGUGCAUAACAAAUUUGGGCGCGUUUUGUGAUGCGUGACUGCAUCACAAACUCCGUUAACGUUAACGCUUUUUCCUAUGAUAAUGUGGGCAAGAUCCUCACGGUGGACGCCCUGUUCCGAGAGUUGGAUAUGACGGUUUUUAACGCGAAAUCGCUGUGGGCUUCCAGGUUCGACGGGGAAACGUCGUACAGGGUCCGCGUCCCGGGCAGGGUAGAGGUGCACCACCACGAGGAGAGCUGCUUCGUACAUGUGCAUUUCACUGCUUUAGAUGUGCAUCUAUGGUACUGUAAAGAUCAACAUGAAGAGCUUGAGCCUGCAUACCGAUUUUGGCAAUGCAGAGCAUGCAUUUGUAAUGCUGAACAGGGUAAACAAUCACACAAAAAAAAUCAUGCUACAUAAAGGUCCACCGUUGCGUGAUCGGUGACAAUCCGAGUUUCACGUUCCUCCCCCUGUCACCCACGGUCCGCGGGGCGGUAAAUGUGAACACAGCCGAGUGCUUCACGCAAGUGCCAACGAUUCACUUCCAAUCCAUCAUGUUCUACUUCAAGCUUCGCUUUCUCCUGAAGCUCCACUCCGCGCUGUGCGAAAUCGACAACAAUUACUGCCUAUGCAGAUUGCAAGAAACGCAUGCGCAUUGACGUACGUGGUACUAGGAUUCGCAUGUUCUGCAAAUUUAUUUCCUCAGGAACAAAUAAAUUAAUAAACUUCAAUUUGAGUUUUUCAUGCAGGGCGGUCAAAAAAACGAUUUUGAUCGUUCUCAUGCAAUAAGUAAUAUCACCAGUUGUACGAGUGCGGUAAUACUCUUGCAAUGCAUACAGUUCCCUGGCGAACUUGAUCCAGGGCAUGCACACGCUCGGCAUCCAGGAGUGCGAGCGCGUCCCGUGCGACAAUCCGUUCGAGGUGAGGAGAAGAAAACAGCUGUACGACCCGACACAGGUGGUGGAUGAUUUACUCGAACAGCUCGAAAGAGGACUCGUAUCAAAUGCAAAAAGGUCUGGGUCUGGAAAUUGGUAACUUACUUAUGAUGCUGUUUUUGGAUUCCAAAAAAAUCUGUAUUGCAUGACUAGCAAGAGGAGUUCAGUUUGUGCCACGCGGGGACGGCGUUUCUCAUGCGGAAUAGGCAUCAGGAAGCCAUCUAAAACUCAGUGAUGCUAGGGCAUGCAUUACAAGCGUUGUGAACCAUGCAAAAUAUGCAUGACAAGCCUGGCAAUCUUCCAAACCCAGACACUUUUGCAUUUGAUAACUCGGCAAGGGCUACGAAACUUUCAUGGACUUCGUUGCGAGCUGCGACCCGAGAAAAGCACUGAUGGUACUAGUACACUUUGAGCAUGUUGUUCUCCAUUUUCCUGCAUGGAAGUUAGUUUUUCAUGCACGAUGGCGUUUUAUACCGAAGAUACAGAUAUCAUGUCAGACUGUUCAAAUUCUGUGCAUUGGUUUGUUAUGUUCAAAACAAAAGCUGCGCGGCAACGGGAACGGCACACUUAUACAAUAAAUGAUACAAAUCAGAUCAACAAGCACGAUGUGCACAUGGCGAGGAUAAGCUACAACGACAAGCUGGAAGUGAUGAUCGAGGAGAUUUUUCUCUCCUGGUAUUGCGACUUUUCCUGCAAGACGCACCGGGUGAGUGAGAUCCUGGCCGACAUCGAGGCGUUUUCUCUGCCGGUGCCAAGAAUUCCGACCCUGAAAACGAAUUACGUGCGGGCGUUUAUGGAAGCGACCAGUGGCGGGAGCCGCGGGAAGAGGUACUAUCUGGAAAACUUGUUUUUGGCUGCAUUCUUAUGGCUUAUGCAAUGAUACUUCUCGGACACGACACUUGAAGAUGUUAUCAGGUCAUCACCAUCUCGAUCUCCUGAGAUAGAACAAAGAGUGUAACUGCAGCUGCAAUCAUGCUUGAGGAAAUAUUAAGCGUUCUUGCUCUCUCUUAUCACAGGGAAAAGGGUGCACAAUUCGAGGCUCUGCAUAUUGUCGCGAACUUGGAUAUGGAGUUCUCAAACGUUACAUUCUCAACUGUUACAUGAAUUUGUCAUGCAAGACAACCUUCAGCUGCCACUGCCAGACGGUCAAGCUGCUUCGCAUGACAAAUCUCCGAGAGGCUAAACAGCAUCUAAAUCUGUGCCAAAUCUGUGAUGCAAAAGCAGCAAGCUUGGCCCCUUGACUCUUGCCAUUCUUGCAUCGCAAAUUCAUGUAACAGUUGAGAAUGCAAGAGUUGAGAACGCCAUAUUGGACCUGGAAGAGCUCGGACCAUUAAUGGGUGAAGCCACCGCAGACAUGGAGACUGACAACCCCGCGCACUACCGAAAAAAGCGCUUACCAACGUCAAUUUACGACGUGCUAUUCUCCAUUAUCGGACACAAAUUUAUCUUUCGCGAGGGGCUCCGGGACAGGCUGGUGGGGGUGAUACAGAUGAGGUAUUUUUCUCGUUGAUGUUUUUUAUUGUCUUUGGUUUGUGGCUCUGUCUUGCAAAAGAUUUUUUUCGUGCGCAGGCACGCAGUAGCUACUAAGUGUAAGUAUCUAUGUGCUCUCCAGUUUCAUCUUGAAGAAACAGAUAACACACUGAAGGUACGACCUCAGCGAGUUCCUCCGAGCAAGACUAGACGACCUGGCGCACAUAUCCCUUUGGAUGAAUCUUUCCCUCGUGGCAGAUAAUUGGACGGACAGUGUUGUUUCGAUCUCCUCGUGCAUGCAGAACUUUAAAUAGCCGCGACAACAGAAGCGACACAAAUGUCUGGUCCCAGACAAAGAAGCAGGAAAGAUUCUAUAAAAGCAACGAGCUUCUUCAGCUUACGAACUUGUUCGGUUUCUUUUGUUUUGCAUGUGAAACUAGCACAGGCCGACCAUAUUGCUGCGAAAAGCGUAGGACUCUUUCAUCCCUGAUACCGCAUCAACUUGGACUCGAGGCUACUGACCGAAGACCAGAUGCACAGGAUAGUAGUGCAGGAGAAAGAAAAGCUCUGCAAGUGGUUCGACGGUAAGGACAAGAUGUUUCUGUUUUGUAUAGCAAAAGAAGGAUAAAAAAAUGCAUCGAGUACUAUUCCGGCAAAGAUAUCAAGAUCGGCAAACUUCAAGAAUAGAUCAAUAUCUACUUCUCUGUUAAUGCUUUAUUAAAAUUAAUGCUUUAUGUAGAUCGGAAGUUCACUCAUUCUCAUCUUGUGCUCGGACAGUGGAUAAACAUUCGCACAUGUAAUUUUUCACCUGGACGCAAACGCAAACUCAAGGUUUUUUUUCUCACAAACAAAACAGACUACCACCAAGAAACCCUGCCGUUCCUGCAGCCGUCCAUCGUGGGCGUGCCCCGCGAAGACAAGAAGGACCCACGAUAUUGGCCCAGUCUACCCAUCCCGAAAUAUGGAUUGCCAACAUGUCUGGGUCUGGGAGAUUGCGACGAGAUUUGUCAUGCUGGUCCGGCAUGACUGGUGUGACUCGGAGUUCUGUACUAUUGCGUGGCCGCAAGAAAGCGCUCUUCUUGUCUGUCAAUGUCAUGCAAAGACGCAGUGUCUCAUGCCGCGGAGUACGCAACACGAAGCCACGGAAAACUCUGUCAUGCUUGGCAGUGCAUUACAGUGUGCGCACUAUACUAGUUCCCUGACUCGCAUCACUAUCUCAAGUUUCCAGACCCAGACAUGUUUGCAAUGCAUACGAAGUACGAAAAAACCAAGGACGACAUCGAGUUCAUCCACGCAAAACCGCCCAUAUGGAUUGUAAAAGAACUAUCGCACUCGGAGUAAUAUUCGCAAUCAUGCAUGGCAGAUUUUCUUCCCAAGGCAACUCAGCAUGACAUAUUCCCUCUGUCUCCACGCUGAGCCAUUUGUAAUGCAAUCACUACUACAGAAUUAGUGCGAGGAGCGAUGCUUUUGCAAUCCAUAGCCCACGGUUUCGGAUAAAAAACCACCCUUUGUCGUGCCCAAUACAAACUCGCCGUUAACGCGGGACCGCAGUACACGAAUGCUGAAGACGACGGGUUUUUUCGCGCGAGAGGAGGGGGCCUGCAUCUAGGCUUUUUAACUGGCGCGGGACAAAGAAAUUAUACUCUUCUGAGCAAGGUGAAGGUCUUUUUUGCUGAUGUUCCGAUGACAAUUUGAACUUUGGACGCAGCAGAAACUUUGAAUUUUUUGUCAUAGUGCAAUAAAAAUUGUUUGUUUUGAAAAUUGUAGACACAACUCGGCGGGCAUCGCUAUCGCGGUGCCUUUUUCUUGUAUGAUUUGGCACGACAAACAUCACAUUGGGUGUGGGAACAGUAUAGGAAAUAGCAUGGCGACUUUGAGCUAUGGAGAGAAGAAAGUUUGUCACAGUCACUAUCUUGGAGGUUUUGCAUUACACAUUUUUUGAACAUCACAACUUUUCCUCGUAUUGCAGAACCACUAAGGGAAAUCCCGUAUGAAGUUUGGCUGUGAUGCAUUUUUACGCAUGUCAGGCAUUUUUUGUAUUGCAAAAAUGCCCAUGAGUGAUCGUGACGAACUUUUUUCUUCUUAUAUGAGCUCCAUGUUGUACAAUACUACUGGUUUCAUCAUAGCCAAAUGUACAGAACCUAUUGAGUUGCAGCUCUUGCGACAGUCAGAAGUACACUACGCUUUUUAAAUGAAAGUCGUCUUGUAUCAACCUUAAUUUUUACGUUCUAGUUUGCAAACCUGUAUAGACCUGAGUUUUUACUCGCGUAAAAAAGCCUCUUGUACAACUCCGAUUCCAGUUCGAUAUUGAAAGCCUCUACUUGACAAUUGAUUCGAUUGCAAAUAAGCCUUUGGCGACAAUUUAUUGGUUUGAUUGAUUGAUGAUACAGAUUCAGAUACGUCGUGUGGUUGGCGAGCCGAGUUGAAGUACGUGUAGCAGACAGUUGGUUCUGCAGUGAGCCGUGGUGGAUCAACAUGUUACGCGCUGACCUCCACGCACGAGAGACAUCGAGCAGAUGAGACUUUCUCGGCUGUGUCAAAAUGACGACACGACUGACGUGGUUGAUGUCAUGAAAAUGUGUAUAAAAAGCUGAGGAAGAAAUGAAACACGAUUAUAAGCAAAAUUCCUACUGCAGCAGGGGAC